AUGAGUUCGUCCACAUCGUGAUUGACCUCUUCGCAGUCAAGAUAUCCCCGUGUUCUAUCCUAAAAAGCUUCAAAUAAUUUCCAAUACCUCACCACCAUAUUUAAACGCCCAAAAACUGCCAUAAAAAAUUAUUCGCGGAUUGAAAAAGCCAAAAUUUCACUUUUUAAAUUCCUUUUCCACGAGUGAAUAGCAAAUCGAAGACCUUGGAGAAAGUGCGAUAGAGGACACAUUGCGAGGCUUUUGGCUUUGGCACGAAUAAGUGUGCUAUCAAAAGCCUGUCAAAAUGGUAGAGGCACUGCUGGAGUCUGGUGGACAAGAUGUAGCUGUUGCUGAACAGGGUUCAAGGGCAGGUACACCCACAGAAUAUUCCCCCCAAAUAUCAAAAAUAUCGGACAUCAAUCUCACGCCGAUACAGGAAUUCUACACGGGCUCGAGUAUAUUCAUAACCGGGGGCACAGGUUUCCUGGGGAAAUUAAUAAUCGAGAAGCUGUUGCGGAGUUGUCCCAACAUCUCUGUUAUUUACCUCCUGGUUCGCCCGAAGAAGGGAAAGGAUACCCACGAAAGGACCGAAGCACUUUUCGACGAUGUGGUAUUCGAGAGAUUGAAAAAAGAGCACCCCAAGUUUCGUCACAAAAUAGUUGCCAUCGAGGGUGAUUGUGCCCUCCCAAACCUCGGUAUUUCCGAAUCAGACAAACAAAUUCUUCUCCGCGAAAUCUCCAUCGUAUUUCACGUAGCUGCAACUCUCAGUUUCGAUGAGAAAAUUAAUCUCGCAGUGUCUAUCAAUAUUGAUAGCCUGCGGCAGAUGAUACAGAUAUCGAAGCAGAUGUCAAAGCUCAAGUCAUUCGUCCACGUUUCAACGGCCUACGCCUACUGCACACACACCAAAAUUGAGGAAAAAUUCUACACCCCUCCGAUAGAUCCUGAUAAGCUGAUAACCUUAAUGAAAUGCGUGGAUGACAAUCUUGCCCAGGAAAUAACGCCACAUUUGUUGGGUAAAUGGCCCAAUACGUACGCCUACACGAAAGCAGUAGCUGAAAAUGUAGUCGAGAGAGAAGCCGAAAACCUGCCAAUUGGAAUAUUCCGUCCUGCUAUUGUGAUUUCAACGUACAAAGAACCAAUCAGAGGAUGGAUAGAUAAUAUGUAUGGACCAACUGGAGUGGCAGCUGGUGUUGGCACUGGUCUCCUCAGGUCUCUCCAUUGCGAUGGGUCAAUUCAUGCCAAUGUUGUACCUGGGGAUAUGGUUGUCAAUGCCCUGCUUGCCAGCGCCUGGGAUAUCGCCGAGACACGCAGAACCCAGAGAGAAAUACCCCUGUACAAUUACGUGUCUCAGGACAAUGCAAUAACGUACGACGACUUGAAAAUAAUGUCUGCUAAAUACGGAAUUGAGUAUCCCACUGUGAGAGCAAUAUGGUACUACAGUUUUCGUAACAACAAGUACAGGAUCGUUCAUCUGUUCUUCAUCUACUUCUUCCACCUUCUACCAGCAUUACUCAUUGAUGCUGCUACGGUAUGCAUGGGAAAACGACCGAGAUUGUUGAAAAUUUACAAAAAAAUUCACAAAUUCAUGGACGUUCUGAAUUACUUCUCAACGAAGGAGUGGAGCUUUGGAAAUGAACGUUUGAAUUCACUGGUGAAGACGUUGGAUCCUAGAGACAAGGAGAUAUUCUUCUGCGACAUGAAGAAACUCGUGUGGGACGAGUACUUCAAGACUUAUCUUCAAGGAAUUCGAGUCUAUCUUAUCAAGGACCCACUGGACACUCUGCCAGAGGCGAGAAUCAAAUGGCGGAGAAUGUACUGGAUUCAUCAAGCGUUAAAAUUAGUCCUGGGAUACCUGAUUCUUCGAUCAUUGUGGGGAAUCUUAUCAAUGCUAAUAACGAGUGUGGAGUAAAAUUAUGAGCUGAUUCAGUGAGUUAGAUUUGAAAUAUUUUCAGCUAUGAGAUGUUCUCAAUAGCUCGAAAAUACGUGGAAACCUGGGCUAAUCCCCAGUAAUGCCUUAGAUAACGUUUAAUAUACCUCCGCAAUUAGUUUAAACCCAUUGUACAUUUCAGUUUUUUACUUUUUGACUAGCUCUCUUCGCUGAUGAUUUACUGUUAAGUUUGCUUGGAGUUCUGUUAGUCUAUAGUGCUCAUUGUCAACAUUCUUUUUGUAUACUGCCUUAUUUAUAUUAAACGAACAUUUUUUAACAA